AUGGCCCCUCCUACAACCACCGAGACCGUUGGAGGCAAUAUCACCAUGCAGGCACCGCAAUCCAGCCAGGCCGCCGGGGCCGAAAAGGCCAAGGUCAAGAUGCAGAUGCCUCGGAUGCCGCAAUUUGAUGAUAAGAUGAAGGAGCGGGAGUAUUUGAAGGGUCGUCUGGCUGCUGCGUUUCGCAUCUUUGGGAAGUAUGGGUAUGAUGAAGGUGUUGCCGGCCACAUUACUCUUCGUGAUCCCGUCGACCCUUCCACAUUCUGGGUAAAUCCCUUUGGCACGGCAUUCUCCCUGAUCAAAGCAUCCGACUUGAUCCAGGUCGACCACUCCGGCACGGUCAUCGACGGUGGACCGAAUCGAAUGCUCAACGCCGCCGCGUUUAUGAUUCACUCUGCGAUCCAUGCGGCGCGACCGGAUGUCAUGUGUGCGGCACACAGUCACAGUUUGUACGGACGAGCAUACUGUUCACUUGGUCGGCCGUUGGAUAUUAUUUCCCAGGAUUCGUGCGCAUUUCACAAUGACCACGUCGUAUACAAACAAUUCAACGGGGUUGUCCUCGCUGAAGAAGAGGGCAAAAAUAUCGCCGCAACACUAGGCAACAAGAAAGCCGCCCUCCUGCAAAACCACGGCCUCUUGACUGUCGGCAAGUCCAUCGAAGAGGCUGUGUUCUGGUUCGUCAGCCUGGAGAAAUGCUGCCAUGCACAACUUCUUGCGGAUGCUGCGGCGACCGGACGAGGGGGACAAACGGUGAAGAUUGACGAUGCGGACGCCGCGUUUACGUAUAAGACGGUGGGAACUCCGUUGGCGGGCUGGUUUAGUGCGAAGCCGCUGUUUGAUGUGAUUCAUAAGGAGACGGGUGGGGAGUAUCUGGAAUAG